AUGACCCCCGAUACUUUGGCUUCGGGCAGACUGACAGCGCAGCACUACCUCCUUCUGAGAAGAUUGGGCUGGUUACUACAUCCAGAGAUUGUGGAACAGGUCAAGCACCGUGAGGCUCUUGAGAUCGCAGAUGUGGCGUGCGGGAACGCGAUCUGGGCGCUGGAUAUAGCCCUCGCGUACCCGCAGGCACAUAUUACCGGUAUCGACAUAUCGCCGCAGCAGUUCCCGCCAAGGUUCACAUGGCCGGAGAAGGUGACGCUGGAAAUCCAUGAUAUCUUCCAUCCCAUGCCAGAGCGCUACAUUGGGCGCUUUGACAUUGUGCAUUGCCGGUUGAUCAUGGCGGCGGUGUACGGCCAGAAUAAAGACUGGGUGAUGCAUAAUAUUAUUAGACUUCUAAAGCCCGGCGGCUACAUUCAAUGGACCGACGCGACUGUACCACUGCUCCAAGCCAUGAGUGACCCGAUGAGAGGACGGAGAACGUUUCAAGAACCCCCUGCGAUCACGAACCAGUUAACCAGCCUGUAUGGCUGCACAGAAUGGCUGCGGCAUCUUGGCCAGGAACUCCAGCGCCACGGCUUGAUCAACCUCCGCGACGUGGACAUGCCGCCGGUGCCCUGGCUAUCCAGACAGGAGACCGAUAACGCCCUUUGGGCUCUGACCGAUAUUCGCAAGGGCAUAAGAUUGACGGCCACGAAGGAGGUGUCGGACAGCUUUGAACUUGCCGUGGAGGGGACUCUGGGAGACAUCAGGCAGGGCCGAGUAUUCUUUACCACCUAUUACACGACAAUUGGGCAGAAGCCGAGAUAG